ACCUUAAGCUCAUAUCCCUCCUAGCAAUAACAACAUCCCUUUAAUUCCUUCAUCCAAAAACCAAUGGCUUUCAAGCACAGAUCCAUUGCCUAUCUACUUUCGAUCUUGCUCUUUGUAUCCUUGCAUGUAGCAAAUGGUAUUCCUCCAGAAACCAUUUGUGGGUCUACCGUAAACCCUACUUAUUGUAAAAACAUACUUGCCAAUCAAAAUGGAAACAAAAAGUACUUGAUGAUGGUUGGAGAGGGAAUCAAUCAAACAGUUAUCACAGGAGACCACAAUGUUGUUGAUGGUUUCACAACAUUCAAUUCGGCUACAUUUGCUGUAGUUGGUCAAGGGUUUGUGGCAGUUAACAUAACAUUUCGCAACACCGCUGGACCAAGCAAACACCAAGCAGUUGCACUAAGAAGUGGAGCAGAUAUGUCCACCUUCUAUAGUUGUAGCUUUGAAGGGUAUCAGGACACAUUGUAUACACAUUCUCUAAGGCAGUUUUAUCGAGAAUGCGAUAUAUACGGAACAGUUGACUUCAUAUUUGGAAAUGGUGCAGUUGUUUUGCAAAAUUGUAACAUUUAUCCUCGCCUUCCGCUAAGUGGACAAUUCAAUUCCAUCACAGCUCAAGGUCGAACUGAUCCAAAUCAAAACACUGGAACUUCUAUACAAAAUGCAACUAUUAAAGCAGCAGAUGAUUUGGCUCCGAAAGUUGGAACUGUACAAACAUACCUUGGGAGACCGUGGAAAGAAUAUUCGAGGACAGUUUUUAUGCAAUCUUUCAUGGACAGUUUCAUAAACCCUGCUGGUUGGCAUGAAUGGAAUGGUGAUUUUGCGUUGAAUACUUUGUACUAUGCAGAGUACAGCAACAGAGGAGCGGGUUCAAGCACCGUGAAUCGAGUGACAUGGCCUGGUUAUCAUGUUAUCGGUGCUACCGAUGCAGCCAAUUUCACGGUGUCCAAUUUCUUGAGUGGUGAUGAUUGGAUUCCUCAAACUGGUGUUCCAUACUCCAGUGGAUUGAUAUAGUCAAAUUCAAACACCUAGAGUAUGAAGUUGUUCAAUUUUAUAUAUUUUCUUCUAUUUAUAUAAACGUGUUUUCUCUUCACACCUAGAGCAUUUUUGUGUACGUUUUUCACAAAGGCAAUAUGAGAGUUUGUUGUAAAUAUCAUAUUAUUAUAAAAUAAUUGAUGAAUAUACAUGUCUCUCCAAAGGACAUGAUUGACUUCAGCAAUGGAUUCAGUUUAUGGCCCGUGUUUAUGUUUG